AUGUUAAUAUUGAUAGUGUUGUCAUUGGCUUAUGCUCAAAUGUAGGAUGAACAAUAAUUGACAAAUGCAGCUUGCGUCAUCUUUUCUAGAUACUAUUUACAAUCUAAUUAGGAGUUAGCAGGUAGGGCUGUAGGGGAAAUGAUUCAACAAGGAUUAACAUAAGAAGAGGCAGUAAUGUUUGCUGUUGCUUCCUUAGUUGAAUAAUGUUUAGAUAGUAUUACGACUCAGUAAACAAUGGAGAUUAUUCAACAAUUGCAAUCAUAAAAAAUCAAUGUAGAAGCACAUAAGCAUUUAGUCGAUAAAGCUGAUUUAAGAAAGUAUGGGUCAAAAAAGAAGAGUGCAAAAAAAAAUGAAAUUCUUAAAAUAAUUAAGUCUAUAGAUGAUAUGGUUAAUCAAUAAAAAAAAGAGUAUGAGGGAGGUGAUGAUGGAAGUGAUUAAUAAGAGGGAGGAAGAAAGAGGUAGAGAAAUAGAAAUAAAUAACAAGAAUUGCCUGAUAUAUCUAUUUUUGAAGCAAAGGAAUGGCUUGUUUUAGCAGCUUUUGUUUUAGUAGGUGUUUUACUAUCGUAUAUAAUUUGUUGUGUCCCUGAGAGAAAUAAAAAAUAAAAAAAGGAAAAAAAUAAAGUUACAUAAAAGGUUGUAGAAGAUGAUUAAUCUAAAGGACAAGAGGAAGAUGAAUCAGAGGCUGAAAACUCCCCUAAAGAAGUUGCAUAGAGUGAGGAAAAAUAGAAAGCGGAGUGA